AAAUUUCAAAUCAAGGAAUACAGCAAAGAGUAUAGUAAUAUAUAAGGAAGGAAUACAGGUCCUACUCAAAGGCACAGAACACUAAUACCCUUAGGCGGGCUCAAAGGGUAUUGCAAUAGUCACAUACGCAUAUUUAACUCAUUAAAUUAUUUUAAAUUGAGAUUGGAAGAAAAUUUAAGUGAUUUAUGCGACUAUUGGAGAUCAGAGUAGCUGUUAUACAACGUUCAAGAUGAUGGCUGCAAAAGUAAUGGCUGAGACUGAAGAACAGAGUAGAAUAAGGUUUCAAGUGGAACUUGAGUUUGUACAGUGUUUAGCAAAUCCAAAUUACAUACAUUUUUUAGCGCAAAGGGGAUAUCUUAAAGAACAGACAUUUGUAAAUUACUUGCGAUACCUUCAGUACUGGCGUGAACCUGAAUAUGCACGCUAUCUUAAAUAUCCAAUGUGCCUUCACUUCCUGGAAUUGCUACAACAUGAAGCCUUUAGAAGGGAAUGUGUGUCAGCUCAGGUUUGCAAAUUCAUGGACGAUCAAGCGAUUUUGCUCUGGCAACAUUAUACAAGGCGGCGAACACGAACUUUGCAACCGCCUGACACCCCAGCGCCCCCUGCACCGCCAGCUGCUCAACAGGGACCUCCGCGACAACAGUCAUGAAAUAGCAUAUAAUUUGGAAUUUCUUAAGUUUAUCAUUCAUUUUUAGAAACUGGUAAAAUUUAGGGCUAGUUGGUCUGCCAACAUUAUUAACAUUCAAUUUAUACACAAUAGAAAUGAUAAUGUCCUCCAGAACAAAUUUACAAGACUUGCAAUCUGGGUAGGACAGGAUUAUAGUGCCCAAGUGUAUGUAUGUGCACGUACAGGUGUAGAUUUAGUCCGAUGGGGCAGCAAUUCGAUACGACUGGAGCAUGAAUAGGAUGUUUUCGGGCGUGAAGGUUUUCUCACGAUGGUUUUUCUCACCGCCAAGCAGGUGGUACUGUAAAAUACUGGUGGUAUUAUAAAAUUUCAAUUUAAUUGGAUUAUAUUUGAACUUUCAAUUUUUUCAAAGCAUCUUUGUUAAUACCUCUUUGAUUUUGUGGAUAUAUGUAUGAUAAAAUGUUGUAUAUUAUGUUUGUAUAUGUGAUAAUAAAAUGUUUUUACAGUCGUAAUCAUCGAACUAUAAAAAACCAUAUAAAAACAAACAAUUGUAACUUUUACUUGGUAUGACAAACUGUUUUUGUAUUUAAAUAGACUGAAAUUAGUUUAUAUAAAUGUAAUAUAGUAUGUAGGCUCUAAAUAUUAUUUUUAUAAUAAACUU